AUGUCCGGCUCAGUGACAACAUGGUCUGCGGAAGGACCAUUACUUCCCAGGAAUCUAGACUUUAAGAAAAUAUUCGUCGCGGAAGAUGAGACCAUUCACCUGAUAGCGACGAAAAGAAUACAUAUAAUAGGCACACUGAAAGUACUAAGGAACAAUCUUCGGAGAGGGAACAACGAUUUAAUCUUUUAUACGAUUAUGAAACCCAAAUUUCAACCAUUGUUUUGUGUCGAAGUUGAAGGAUACUCGGACACACUCUUCGUUGCCACGAAGAAGAAGCUCGGGUUCGUAGAAAAUUAUCGUCAACUAGGAGAGCGAGACUCCCGAGUUGUAUCUGAAACAAUUUCACCAAGAUUCCAGUCAGAUGUGGAAACAUCUGAUAACUUACGUUACACUGGGGGAAGCGUGGAUUCUAAGGGGAGAGUUUGGUUGAUGAUUAGCGAGGGAAAAAACUCUCCUGGCCGACUCUUCCACCUUGAUAAGGACUGGAAACCAUCCAAUCGUCGUUACGUGAGUAUCCGGCGGUUCGGUGGAAUAGGUUGGAGCUUGGAUGACAAAACCAUCUACAUCCAUGAGCCCGCGCGAAAUGAUUGCAUAAUCGCUUAUGACUUUAACAUCGAGACAGGCAUCAUUGAAAUGGACAAAGACAGGCUAUUCUAUGAAUUCAAAAAUCCCAUGGAGUAUCCAAUGGCUUUUGUGAUAGAUUCAGAAGAUCAUAUGUGGUGCGCCGUAGCUGGUACCUCGAGAAUUAUUAGGAUAAGCCCGAAGAGUGAGGUUGUGGGAGAGAUCCAUUUACCUCCUCCUCAUGAACCUAUCGACUUGCAAUUCGUCGGCAACGAAUUAAUUAUCCUUACAAAAAGAAUCAGAAGGGAUGAAAUUUUUCUGAUGGGUGGUACUUCUCAUAAAAUGCUAAUGAAUGCCAAAGAAGCAUCGCAUGGCAACAUUUUCACUGUGGAUACUGGUUACACCGGUAAACCAAGACAUCUCUAUAAGUUGAGCCUAGAGGAACUUUCUUUGUUGAAGAAUUCUGGUCUAUCUCUUGGGGACAGCUUGAGGACUUUUAUACGAGGAGCUGUGGACUUUUUCAGUAGAUUCCAUGAGUCUGAAGCAUCGCGAAAUGCAUGA